CGUUAGGCACGCGUUUUCCAGAACUGCAGGAUCUCGUCUCCAUUUCGGCUGCACACACCCAAGGGCUGCAUUUUAUUAUGUCCAACGACGAUGCUAAUUCUGUAUCGUCUUCGGAAUUCUCUGUGCUUGAUGCCUUGAGCGGAUCAGAAAAGUUUGUAAAGGGCAAUAUAACUUUUGACUGGCGUGGACUUCCACCGAACAUUGUAGCUGCAUUACCUGACCCACCCCCCUCCGCAAAGCGAUAUUUGAAGCGAAGGGUCAAAAAUGGCACUGAUGAUAUCUUUUCGAGAAACCAGACUUACAUCUCUGACAAAGUUGCAGAAUGGGCUAGCAGAUCACAGAAGAAUGAAGAUAUCCAAGCAUCACGUCAGGAAGCGACAGAAAACCCUUUUAUCCUGGAAGCCAAAGCAAUAGAGCCGGAGCACACCCAACGGCCUUUUCCGUUGGCAGAUGUCCAGUCAAAGGAUCCAGAAAAAGUCUAUACUUUCAAUAACUGCCAAUUUUCUUAUGCUGGAAAUGGCAAAAAUGAUGCGUUCCGUCAGGCGGACGAGUCUGUCGCCGUGGAGGAGAAGCCCGUUGCGAGCCACUCAAUUGUCGUGGACAGUAGAGAUUCCACCGAACGGCUACUCAAUACGGGAGAGCUGGGUGCUCAGCAUCAUACACGCAAUCGAGAUGUGUCUGCAUCGAAAAUAAUCCCGGAGGGCGAACCCAACGGUGACAUCCUAGAUCUGGGAAAUGACGAGUUAGGCAGACUCUUUGAACAACUCCACCUAAUAAAAUCUGGUGCGGAAAAAAUAGCGCAUAAUCGAAAAUCCGUUCACGAGCAUGAGAGGAGAGGACACUCACUUUUGCACGAGGCAAAGGGCCGCAAAUAUAAGUAUUCUUUGACGCAUUCAGCUGACGAACCUGAGCUGUCUCUGACCGAUCUUGCGGCUUCGGAGAAACCCAGAACUGAACGACCACCUGAGCCUGCACCGUUCGAACCACAUCAAAACCCAAUACCUGGACGUUCAAUGAGCCUGGAGGACAGUCGUGGUAGAGGACGUCCUGUCAGAUCCUCGCAACGUGACGGACUGACUCGUGAGACACAUCAGCGAAUGCUCUUGAAAAUACAUAGCGAACUGAGCGAGCUCGCUCACCGAUUGAAAAAGAAACGUCGCGCAGCAGACUUAAAAGAGCAACAGCUUGCAGCUAAGGAGAGGCAUCUUCAGACCCGAGAAACACAUAUUUUGAAAGAGGUGGAAAAACUCGUCACUCUACGCCUGGCAAAGAAGGAAGAGGUUCUAAAAAAGGAUGCGGAGGUGAUUGUGGAACAGUAUGAUGACGCACUUACUACGACGGUGAAAGAGAAUAAACGAUUACAAGCCUCACUUCGUGAUCUCAUUGCUGUCAACAGACAAAUGCGCGAGCAGGUCAGCAAGUUACAGGAAGAUGCAUGGGAAAGGGAGCGGGAGUUGGAGGAGCAACGAAACCAAUUAAAACAUUCUCGUGACAGGAAUCUCCGCUUGAAAGCUGCAUUAGCCAUCGGAAGGGCUAACAGUUCCACGGCAAUCGUUUCGGUGAAGAAGGAGCAAGCAAGCAAAUUAGAGGAAGCGAAGAAGAUUAUUUUAACUCAAGGACGGAAAACUACUCGAAAUGCCCGCACAGUGGAGACACAAACCCUCAAUGUGGAAGAAUCUAUAAGGUCUGGGGACGAUCUCAGGUCAAAGCUCUCCGGCCUUCAGAAGAUGCUUGCGUACCUGUUACAAACGCGAUGCGCAAGGACGCGCAAUCAUCGUCAAGCCGCUGAAGGAACGAAUGCGAAUUCUGAAAACAUUGGUGCAUUACAUGAGGCGAUAGCCUCUACAUUCUGCCAUGUGACUCAAACGGAGGAUCGAGACUCACCAAAGAACGUGGUGGACUGUGAACGUGCCAGCUGGAUAGAGUACUAUUUGCAGUUCGUACUUGAAUGCAUGUUACGAGUUGGGUUCAGUGCAGCGCAGAAGUACAUAAUAUCUGUUAUGGCGUAUGAGGCAUUUACUGGUUAUAUUAGAGGGACUUCCAUCAAUGUACAGCCAUCAGAUGGAAGUCACAAAAGAUCUCCCCCAUUACUGGUCCAGGAGCAAACGACGCGCCUGGUCUUGUGUUUGAUUAUUUUGUCGGGUGUCACACAAAUUGAUGUGAUAACAGCCAUACUGGACAACAUCGCGGCGGAGUUAUCGACGGACGAAGGGAAAGGCAUCUUUCUCAAGGCAAACGGCGUUGACGUCGUUCACAUGUGCCUCCGCGAUGUUGGCCAUGAUAAUGUCCAACAUUUGGCAAGUUCGAUCUUUCUUACGCUCUGUGCUGAGGGAGAUUGGCUCGUAGACUUCAUCGGGCAAUGUAGCACAGUGGAUGUCCUCGACUCUAUUAUUGUGGCGUUGGACUCUAGUAAUCUUGGAACGCUAGAGAACAUUUCAGUUGUCCUUCAGAAAAUUUCAAAGCUUUCGGAAAAUCGUACUUCGCUGCGCGAACGCCCGGAUCUUGUUCCUCGAUUGAAAGCAAUAAUUGAUGGGACAGAGGAAGCAUCCAUCGUGUCACCACUGUCGGAAUUUCUCAUGAUCAAUAUACGAUCCAUCCUGGCCAAUGUAGAUAAUACAAUAACUGUAAUUUAGAAUACUCAUUCAACACGUUUCAUUUUGAUUGC